CUGGGAGUGGAACGACCACAACUCCCAGAGGCCACAGCGGCACAGCCGAGGGCGCUUCAGUUCCCAGGACAACCCGGGCUCUGGGCGGAAGCUGGAUCCUAUUUGCCGCGGGAACCUCGAGCUGGCGUCCUUGGGCUAACGUUGUGGGACCAGUGGUUGGCGCGUUGACUCUGCCUACCUCCUCCUCACCCUGCGCCGGCGGCCAUGAAGGACUCGCUGGUGCUACUGGGCCGUGUCCAGGCGCACCCGGACUCCCGCUGCUGGUUCCUGGCCUGGAACCCCGCCGGGACCCUGCUGGCCUCGUGCGGUGGCGACCGUCGAAUCCGUAUCUGGGGCACCGAGGGUGACAGCUGGGUCUGCAAGUCUGUCCUUUCUGAAGGCCAUCAGCGCACUGUCCGAAAGGUAGCCUGGUCUCCCUGUGGGAAUUACCUAGCUUCUGCCAGCUUUGAUGCAACUACUUGCAUUUGGAAGAAGAACCAGGAUGACUUCGAGUGUGUAACUACCCUUGAGGGCCAUGAAAAUGAGGUUAAGUCUGUGGCUUGGGCCCCAUCUGGCAACCUUUUGGCCACCUGUAGCCGAGAUAAGAGCGUGUGGGUCUGGGAAGUUGAUGAAGAAGAUGAGUAUGAAUGUGUCAGUGUUCUCAACUCUCAUACACAGGAUGUCAAGCAUGUGGUUUGGCACCCAAGCCAGGAGCUGUUGGCCUCUGCCAGCUAUGAUGACACAGUGAAGCUGUACCGGGAAGAAGAAGAUGACUGGGUAUGCUUUGCCACCCUUGAGGGCCAUGAAUCCACUGUGUGGAGCUUGGCUUUUGAUCCCACUGGCCAACGUCUGGCAUCUUGCAGUGAUGACCGUACAGUGCGCAUUUGGCGCCAGUAUCUACCAGGCAAUGAACAAGGGGUGGCAUGCAGCGGCUCUGACCCCAGCUGGAAAUGCAUCUGUACUCUUUCGGGCUUCCACUCCAGGACCAUUUACGAUGUUGCUUGGUGUCAGCUGACAGGGGCUCUGGCUACUGCUUGUGGGGACGAUGCUAUCCGCGUGUUUGAGGAGGAUCCUAGCUCAGAUCCGCAGCAGCCCACCUUCUCCCUGACUGCCCACUUGCACCAGGCCCAUUCCCAAGAUGUCAACUGUGUAGCCUGGAACCCCAAGGAGCCAGGGCUCCUGGCCUCCUGCAGUGAUGAUGGGGAGGUGGCCUUCUGGAAGUAUCAGCGACCUGAAGGACCCUGAGCCUCUUUGAUGGGAAAGUCUUGAUUUCCCGGAAAUUUCGUAAGACUUUCCCAGCCUGAGAAGACCUGGAGAAGCAUCAGUGACUUUCAUUCAGCUGGCUCACUUCUAUUCGGACUUGGCUACCCACGUACGGAGCCACAGGGCUGCUUAUUCUUUCCUUCUGACAUGAGGGCCUCAGACUUUCAGGACAUUGUUUUGCCACAGAUUGUGCUUGCUUUAGGACAUGGUAUUAUACUGUGGGGGUGAAUAUAGUAUUUAUUACUAUUAUGUAUGUAGAAGAGUGUGUCUCAGCCAUUUCUCAAAUUGUAAGCUUUAUGGAACUAAUCCAUCUGAAUCUAAAGUCCUGUUUAUAGUUUUUUAGAAUUCCAUCAUGAACUGUCUGAAAUAGGUCUUGCCUUCCUAAUUUCUAGAUAAAUUGUUGCACUUAAGACAUUUAAUAUUGAACUUCUUCCUUAGCACAGGUUUAUGUAGAAUAAAAUACCUGUUUUCCCUUAGAAGCCCUUGCAUACUGCUCACACCAUUAAACUAUGAAGACAACUGGAGGCGUGAGAAUAAAUGGAGAGAGAUAUGAGCCCUAAAUGGGAAUUACUACUGGCCACAGGCUGUACCUUAGCAGACUGGUUCUAGCAAAAAACAUGAGAUGGAAGCUCAUGGCCCUGUGAAAGACCACAGCGCAGACAUCACCAUGCAUCUGUGGCAGCCAUUUUUAAGGUGGAGAUUAGAAAACAAUGCCUACCAAGCCCCUUAGAAGAGCAUUCAUGGAGAAGAGUGGAAGUACA